AACUGUAGACUGCGGGAGAAGCAGGAGAAGCACCGCCCGUCCUCGCUGAGCAAGUGUACAUAGUUAUUUAUAUAAUCCGGCCGCCGGGACGUCCUUCCCCCGCUAUGACCCGCUGGAUUCCCACUAAAAAAGAGAAGUACGGCGUCGCAAUCUACAAUUAUGAUCCCCAAGGUGAGCAGGAGCUGUGUCUGCAGGUCGGGGACACGGUGCAUAUACUGGAGAAGCUGGAGGGCUGGUACAGGGGCUACACACUACGGAAGAAGUCCCAGAAGGGCAUAUUUCCGACUUCAUACAUCCAUUUAAAGGAGGCCACAGUCGAAGGAACAGGCCAGCAAGAAAUAAUUAUUCCAGCAGAUUUACCGCUGGUGCAGGAGCUCGGGGCCACCCUGAGGGAAUGGGUGCAGAUAUGGCAAAAUCUCUACGUGGUACGCAACAAGAUGACCCUGUUCAGUAGGGUGCGACAGAUGGCCUGCAGCCUCAUUGAAUAUCGAUCUCAGAUAGUGUCAGGAACAUUGCCCAAGGAUGACCUUGUGGAGCUCAGGAAGAAAGUCACAGCAAAGAUUGAUUAUGGAAACCGGAUUCUGGGGUUGGACCUGGUGGUCCGAGAUGCCGCAGGAAACACACUGGAACCCGACGAGACCAGCACCGUCUGCCUUUUUCGGGCACACGAGACGGCCUCCCGCAGCGUCGAUGACAGAAUACAAGAAGAGAAGAUGCGACUGCAGCAGCUGAGAAUGAGUCAUCACCUGCUGAGCUCGGUUCAUACUUACAGUCUCUUCAUGAACUUGAAAAACUUUGUAUGUAACAUCGGAGAAGACGCGGAGCUGCUCAUGUCUCUCUAUGAUCCCGAUCAAUCGGAGUUCAUCAGCGAGAACUUCUUGGUCCGCUGGGACAGUAUGGGAAUGCCUAAAGAAAUUGAAAAACUCAACAACCUGCCAGCCUUAUUCACGGACCUGAGCAGCAGUGACCUGAUGAGGCCGAAAGUCUAUCUGGUGUGUCAGAUCAUCAGAGUGGGCAGCAUGGAGCUGAAAGAGAGCAAGAAGCAAACCGGAGCCCUGAGGAGGCCGUUUGGUGUAGCUGUGAUGGACAUCACAGAUAUCGCCCAUGGCAAAACAGACGAUGAAGACAAGCAACAUUUCAUCCCAUUUCAACAGAUAGCUAUGGAAACCUACAUCCGCCAGAGGCAGCUCAUCAUGUCUCCGCUCAUCCCUUCUCGAGUCAUAGGAGAGAAUGAGCCGCUCACCGCCGUCUUCAACAAAGUCAUCGCCACGCGGGAGGUCAAUCACAAAGGCCAGGGGCUGUUUGUGACCUUGAAGCUCCUCCCGGGGGAUCUCUCUCAAGUCAGGAAGGACUACCCUCACUUUGUGGACCACAACGCAGCUGUCGUCAGGAAAAUGGGCUUCCCAGAAAUCAUCCUCCCAGGAAACGUGAGGAAUGAUAUUUACGUAACCCUGGUUCAGGGGGAGUUUGACCGAGGUAAGAAGAAGACCCCGAAGAACGUGGAGGUCAUACUGACCGUGCGUGAUGAUGAAGGCAAUCCCAUGGAGAGAGCGAUAUUUCCCGGGGCGGGUUACGACGGCAUAACCGAGUACAAGUCUGUCAUUUACUACCAGGUGAAGCAGCCUUGUUGGAACGAAACAGUGAAGGUGACGAUUCCCAUUGAAGACGUGUGCCGCUGUCACCUGAGUGUGAUGUUUCGACACAGAUCUUCCCAAGAUUCCAGGGACAAAUCAGAGAAGCCCUUCGGCAUGGCCUUCGUCAAGCUCAUGAGAAGAAACGGGACCACACUGAGAGAUGGCAGACACGAGCUUGUCGUCUACAAGGUUGACGUUAAGAAGCCAGAGGAGGCGAAGGUUUAUCUCACUAUGCCUGCAACUGUGGAUGAAAUGGAGGAAAGGGAGAAGCAAACGGGGAAGCAGUUUCAACAUUCAGGAGGGAUUCCUGUGACUAAAGACAGCUUCCAGAUCGCCACGCUCACCUGCUCCACUAAACUCACUCAGAACGUGGAUCUGCUCGGCUUGUUAAAUUGGAGGUCAAACCCAGAGGAUCUUGACCAGAUUCUGCAAAGGCUCAUGGAGGUGGAAGGAGGGGAAAUUGUCAAAUUUCUUCAGGACACCCUGGAUGCUCUGUUCAACAUCAUGAUGGAGACCUCAGAAAAGGACACCUACGAUUCUUUGGUGUUCGAUGCCUUGGUGUUCAUAAUUACACUUAUCGGCGACAUCAAAUUCCAGCAUUUUAACCCAGUCUUGGAAACCUACAUCAACAAGCACUUCAGUGCCACCUUGGCCUACAUGAAGCUUACCAAGGUGCUCAACCACUACGUGGGCCACCCUGAGGAGCCCGCGCUGACGGAGAGGCUCUACACGGCACUCAAGGCUCUCAAGUACCUCUUCAGGUUCAUCGUUCAGUCCCGCGUCCUCUAUUUCAGAUUCUACGGGAAUCGUGAAGACGGAGACGAUUUCUUCAAUUCCAUCCGUACCCUUUUCUUCUCUUUCAACAUGCUCAUGGACAGACCUCUGGACGAGGGAGUGAAGAUAAAAGGUGCAAUAUUGAAAUACCUCCCCAGCAUCGUUAAUGACAUCCAGACUGUGUUUGAUCCCGUGGAGCUCAGCGUUCUUCUUGCAAAGUUCAUUGAGAGCAUUCCCGACUCGCAGCUCGUGCGUCAGAAGCUGGGCUGCAUGAGUAAAAUCGUGGAGAGCGACCUUUUCAAGCAGCCAGAGUGCAGAGAUGUGCUUCUGCCACUCGUCACUGACCAGCUGAGUGGGCAGCUGGACGACCACUCCAGUAAACCGGACUACGAAGCCUGUAUCCAGCUGCUCAGCACCGUGCUGGACAACCUGGACCGCAAGGACGUGGGUCCGACCAGAGGACACGUCCAACUGAUAAUGGAGCGGCUCCUUCGCAGGGUUAAUCGCACUGUCAUCAGCAUGGACAGAUCCUCUCCUCUCAUUGGCCACUAUCUCGCCUGCAUGACGGCCAUCCUGAAGCAAAUGGAUGACAUGCAUUACGCUCACUACAUCAGCACCUUCAAAACAAGACAGGAUAUCAUUGAUUUCCUCAUGGAGACAUUCAUCAUGUUUAAGGACCUCAUGGGAAAUGUCUUCCCCGCUGACUGGAUGAUCAUGAAUCUGGUGCAGAUGCAAGUGUUCCUGAGGGCCAUUAACCAGUACUCAGAUGUGCUCAACAAAUAUUUCCUGGACCAGGCACAUUUUGAACUGCAGCUGUGGAAUAACUUCUUUCAUUUGACCGUGGCGUUCCUCACUCACCAGACGCUGCAGCUGGAGUCCUUCUCUCAAGAGAAGCGCACUAAGAUCCUAAACAAAUACGGAGACAUGAGGAAGACGAUGGGAUUCAAGAUCAGAGAUAUGUGGUACAACCUCGGGCCGCACAAGAUGAGGUUCAUCCCGUCCAUGGUAGGACCCAUUCUGGAGGUCACACUGGUGGCGGAGCCUGAACUGAGGAAGGCUACCAUCCCCAUCUUCUUUGAUAUGAUGCAGUGUGAGCACAACUUCAGCCCUGGACGCACCUUUGAAACGUUCGAGCAUGAAUUAAUAACGAAAUUGGAUCAAGAAGUUGAAGGGGGCGGCGGGGAUGAGCAGUACAAAGUCCUGCUGGAGAAAACAUUACUGGAGCACUGCAGACGCCACCGAUACCUGUCCCAGUCGGGAGAGGAGCUGGCUCUGCUGCUGAGCAGCCUGCUGGAGAAACUGCUGGCGUACCGCACCAUCGCACACGACGAAAGCCCAGAGCACCGCAUGAGCUGCACCGUCAACGUGCUGAAUUUCUACAAAGAAAAGAAAAGGGAGGACAUUUACAUCCGGUACUUGUACAAGCUGCGAGAUCUGCACUUGGACUGCGAGAACUACACAGAAGCGGCUUACACGCUGCUGCUGCACGCUGAGUUACUGGAGUGGUCGGACAAACCAUGCGUACCUCAUCUGAUUCCUCGAGACGGCGAGCAUUUGUGGACGCAGCAGGAGCUGAAGGAGAGGCUCUUCCAGGAAAUCAUAUGUUACUUGGAUCAGGGCAAGAUGUGGGAGAAGGCCAUUGAGCUGGGCAAACAGCUGGCUAAGAUGCAUGAAAGCCACAUGUUUGACUUCAUGGAGCUGAGCCAGCUGCUGAAAAAACAAGCCAAGUUCUUUGAGAACAUAAUGCAUGCCAUGCGACCGCAGCCCGAGUACUUUGCUGUCGGAUAUUAUGGCCUCGGGUUCCCUUCUUUCCUCAGGAACAAGAUGUUCAUCUAUAGAGGAAAAGAGUACGAGUGGCUUGAAGACUUCAGUUUAAAGCUGCUCUCUCAAUUCCCAAACGCGGUCCGGAUGAACAGCACAGCGCCUCCUGGAGACGACAUCAGCAGCUCACCUGGACAGAACAUCCAGUGCUUCACUGUCAAGCCUGUUUUCACAGUUCCCCAGCAGUUUAAAGAGAAGGGGGUCCCAGAGCAGAUACUCAACUAUUAUCGAACCAAUGAAAUGGACCAGUUCAAGUACUCCAGGCCUUUCCGGAAAGGUGAAAAGGACCCAGACAACGAAUUUGCUACCAUGUGGAUUGAAAAAACAACUUAUAUUACGGCCUAUCGCUUCCCAGGCAUUCUCAAAUGGUUUGAAGUCAAAUCUGUCUCAGUGGAGGAGAUCAGUCCGCUGGAGAAUGCCAUAGAAACCAUGGAGAUGGCCAAUGAAAAGCUGAGCAACCUCGUGCAGCAGCAAGGCUGCGAUCGCUCGCUCUCCAUCAACCCUCUGUCCAUGAUGCUCAGUGGCAUCGUUGACCCCGCUGUCAUGGGGGGAUUCUCCAACUAUGAGAAGGCUUUCUUCACUGACACCUACAUCCAAGAGCAUCCAGACGACCUCGGUCGCAUUGAAGUCCUUAAGCAACUUAUAGCUCUGCAGAUCCCUCUGUUGGCAGAUGGAAUCCGCAUCCAUGGGGAAAAGGCGACGGAGCAGCUGAAGCCUUUACACAAUCGUCUGGUCACAUGCUUCCAGGACCUCCGGGAGAAAGUGGAGAAGCAAUAUGGCGUCAUAACCUUGCCCUCCUCUUUGACUGAGGCUAAAAAGAGUCGCGUGGGCUCAGUGGUGAUGCCCUACAUCCUGUCCUCCACCUUGCGCCGCAUGUCCACUGUCUCAAUCCUCUCCAACGCCUCCUCCGGCCUCUCCAGCGGCUCUGCAUCCUCAGACGGACCCUCCUGCGUCAACUCCCAAGAUUCCUUGUUGUCCUGUCCCAGCGACCGCAGGGCUUCUGUCCUGUCCCGACCUGACGAGGACAACAGGAUUUCCAGAAAGAACAGGAAAGAAUGGAGUGUGAGCAAAUCCCAAGUGCUCCUGGAGAGGCAGUCAGAUGGAGAUGAGACUCACUCAGAGAAGCAGCAGAGACCACAAAGUUUAAUCGUGGAACGACGGCUUACCCCUUUCCAGGUUGCUUCAUCGCAACUCAACCUGUCCAGCCCGCUCAGCCCACUCCCUGCCUCUCCACACACUCCUCACACUCCACGCAGCUCCAGUUAUUCAUCACUUUUUGGCGACAAUGAUGCCAAUACUAUCGGCAUCCCAGCGACCCCCCCACCCAUGCCUCCGAAGAAACACCCGUACGAGAGUGACAACCCGGGGUUCUCUUCAGAGUUCACUCCUCCGUUGCCGAUGAAAAUAGAGAGCAAGCCCCCUCCGCCACCUCCCAAAACUAGAAAGUCCAUGUUCCCCUCGUACGACAGCCCCCAGUGAGGCUGCACCCACGGCAAGGCCUUAAAGAUUCACUCAUUCUCUGAUUUGACUGCAAUGAAAUCGCUGCUUAAUUUGCCCCGUUAUGCAGAUAUCAGGUACACGGAGCAGGUUUUCACCGGAGUUUCUAUGGGAACAACUCUUUUUUUUCCAGGCACUUCAAUUUUUUACUUCAUUCUUUUGGCGAGGAGGGGGUUGGACAGACGUUCGCUGGGCUUUUUAAGAGUAAUGAAACCGUUUGUUGGGGUUUGAUUCCUAAACCCGUCGCAGGGAAAAGUAAUGAACAAUGUUUUGAUGUUUUUAUUUGUGUAUGAAAUGACACUGGCUGACUCCUUCCCCCCCAAAGCUGUUCAACAGCAUUCCACAUCUGAUCAGGAAAAAAACGCUGCAUCAAUGAUAAACUUGACGAUGAACAGGGAACACAAUGUACAGAAUGUGCCUAUUAAUUUAAUGUGUUAGUUAUUUUCUGUCUGCUGAUUGUACAUUAUGACCAAAGUAAUUUUUUCCUAAAUCACAAGGUUUUCAGAAACACUGGAUGGCAUUACUCAACGUUGUGCAGAUGUUGUUGUUUUAGUUGUUGUUUGUGAUGAUCUCAGCACUGUAACUCCAAAGUACACUACAUCAUAUUGAUGCUGGUGUUCUGAACUUCUCCUUGUCCGUCAUUUUGGGUAAUUUACCUUUUUAUACACAUUAUUUUCCCAGAGGCCAUGAAUCCCGCGUUUGUUUUUUUGUCUGUUUUUAAUAUGUAGAUGGUAUAAAGAUGCACCAAUUAGCUGGGGAUUUGAAAAUGGUUAAUUUUUGGGGAAGUCAGCUCGAGCCAGUCAGGUCAGACAACCAUGUUAUAGACAUUUAUUUGUAAUUUCUAUACAGGAUUGGGGAGAAAAGCAAUUUGGACUCCCUGUAAGGUAAAAAAAAAUGCACAGCAUGCAACCUCGGUUAUCUUUCCCUGUUGAUUGAAACCAUAGACAUAUAAACGUAGACGCCCCAUCGAGCGCUGAGCCGUACGUCAACGUCGCCGCCAUAUUGGAUGUUCAAGACUGCGCUGUAAACUAAUACAAGUAAAGGGACUUAUUUUCAUAAA